GCAAGACAAGCAUCUUGUUGGAGCUCCCCAAAACAUUCAUCGUCUUUGAUUUGCGUUAUUUCGUACAAGGUGACGCUGUCAAAUUUAGAAUUAAACUUCCUCCAACAAUGAACUGCCUCAAGUUCAAUCUCGUCGCCGUUGCGAUCCUCGUUCUCAAUGGGGUUACCGCAAUGAAGUUUCAGAGUGACGAGGCGGCGGGAGUAGAACGGGAGCGUGAUUUGGAUAGACUCGGAGGUGGUCAGCACAUUCUUCGCGGUUUCGAUUCAAUAGGGGAAGGCAGUCUACUUCGAGCAAUUUACCGAGAAAAACCACGAGAUUUUUUGCGGAUAAACAGAGGAUUGGAUUCACUAAGCGGUGCCUCUUUUGGUAUGGAGAAACGCCUAGACUCGUUGACUGGGCUGGGAUUCGGCAGCCAAAAGCGCAAUCUAGAUGAAAUUGAUAGAUCAAAUUUCGGUACGUUCGCCAAACGAAACCUGGACGAAAUCGAUCGCAGUGAUUUCGGCCGUUUCGUUAAAAAGAGGGAAACCAUUGAUGGAGAGAGUUCUCUACAACGUUGAGUCUUUCGUUCUUCUUUUUGUUCCGAGUACGAGUUGGAAAGGAGCUUGCUUUAACAUAGAUCUCCAGCAUGUCAAACGAAAGUUAUUAUCAUACACUAUCGUCGUCUCUGAUUUCAGAAUCACAAUGCCGAUAGGGCUUUAUAGGCCAACUGCACUCGUCAUUAUAGGUGCACAUUAUGGCUUUGUUAUUUAUUCAGUGUAUCUGCAGUGACUCCUUCCAAUAAAUCAACAUAUUUCAAUCAAA